AUGAAGGUGAGUGUUGCUCUCCUGCAGCUGCUGUGCUGUCUUCUGCUCACUGAUGGACAAACUGAGGUGCAAGAUUUUGUGGCCAAUGGAAAAAACAACCAGCCCAACAUCUGGACUGAGGUGAGAGAUAUAAGAGACAUGGUGGUGGAGCUCAAAGUCAAGUUGGACAUGGCGAUGAAAGAGAAUGCAAAAAUGGCAGAACAAAUGCAGGAGCUGAAGAAAGAGAAUGCAGGGAUUAUUGAUCAAAUAAAGAUAACUGAAAACCAGCUGGAAGGAAUUAAGAGAGAAAAUGAAGAACAACCAAAAGUGGCAUUUUCAGCUGACUUAGGCAUGCGUGGUGAUUUAGGUCCUCAGAGUACUGAGAUCACACUGACAUUUAACCACAUCUUCACAAACAUUGGUAACAACUACAAUCCAGCAACAGGUCUCUUCACUGCACCAGUUAAAGGAGUCUACUACUUCAGAUUCACUGCAUGUGGUACUCAAAUCAGACAAUCACUGGGUGCAAGUUUACAUAAAAAUGUGCAGAAGAUUGUGUCAGUAGGUCAGUGGCGUAAUCAUGAUCAGCACAGAUAUGCAUCAAAUGGAGCUGUCCUGCAGCUGGAAGUGGGUGAUGUAGUUUGUGUGAAACUCCUCCCAGGUUACACCAUCUAUGACAGUCCAGAUAACCUCAGCACUUUCAGUGGAUUCCUCAUUUACCCAUUAAAGUGAUCAACCAUUGCACACUGUACUAAGUUUUGUUGAUUUCCUAAUGAAAGACAAAUUUACUCAUCUGUGCUCUUUCUACAUUAGUUUUGAGCUCUCAUUUAAAUAACUUCUAACUGGUUGUUCAGAGAAAACUGCAUGAAUCACACUUGUGCUGUAUUAAUCAUAUACUCUACCAUGGAAAAAUCUAACUGCAAUAAUGAUCUCACAUGCUAUUGUUUGUAUUAAACACAUUUGUAUAUAAACCUCU